AUGGCGACCAAGCAGAGUUACGAGUUCAAAACGUAUCGCCAAAUCGCCAAAUCGCCAAAUCGCCAAAUCGCCACGAGAUCACAUGAUCCAGUGUUAAAAGACAUGUUUGGUGAUGUUGCAAGGUCUUCGUUCCAUGCAUCCCACAACAACGUGGAGAGGGACAAUGUUCAAAACGAAUCGCCAAAUCGCCACGAGAUCAGAGAUUUAAAUGGUAAUAAGGGUUACCAUAUCGUCCAUAAUUAA